AUGGUGGUGGGUGGGUUGUGUGGGUGGUUUUGGUGUAGGUACAGUUGUGGUAAUGGUGGGGUUGCACUAUUGAAGCGGUGGAGGUGGGUUAUACGGGAUGGUGGUGGUGGUGUUGGCAGGUGGCGGCAGGUGAGAGAGAAGGCAAAGGAUUGGAGGGGUUUUGACAAGGAUGCUGAAGUCCAUGGCGUUCAUGAUGUUGCUGAGCAUUUGAGGAAUCCGACAUCAGACAACCACGUUCUAUUAGACGAGCAGACCAAGGAAAGAUUGUAUAUUCUUGAGGUAGCUUCAUCAUGUGUUCCCGUUAGAGGAAUGGAAUUUAGUUCCAUUCAGCAAGCAUAUGUUUUUUAUCAGACAUAUGCCAAGAAGGCAGGGUUCUCUGCUCGAAAAGGAGGUGAACGUCAUAGUGGUGGUAUUAUCAAGACUAAAUACUUUGUGUGUUCAAAGGAGGGGCAUAAACCACAGGCUUUUGAUGAUCCUUAUUCGAAGUUGUCUAAGCCGUAUAAAAGUAGGAACAAACCGACUAUUCGAACCGGGUGUAAAGCACAAAUUAAGCUUUGUUCGACGGAUGGGGUGUUGUAUAAUAAUCAUUCAUUUGUGUGCCCGAAAUAUAUGCAUUUAUUACCGGCUUAUAGGCAUCUUUCCGAAACACAAGAAGAGAUGAUAUGGGACCUUGGUACUUUAAAUCUUGGGCCAGUGAAAGCCAUCAAUAUAAUGAGACAAAGAUACAUAGGUUUUGUGAAUGUUGGCGUAACUAAAGACGACUUUGAUGAAAAUAAGCGAUUAACUGGCUUGUUCUGGGCUGAUGGUUUGUGCAAAUGUAACUAUGCUGGGUUUGGAGAUGUCAUAUCGUUUGAUGCUUCGUUCAAAACCAACAAGUAUAAUAUGGUUUUUGUACCCUUUACUGGUAUUGAUAACCACUGUCGGAAUGUGACGCUUGGAGUCGGGUUGCUAGCAUCUAAAAGCAUUGAAUCAUACAAAUGGCUCUUACAAUCAUUUUUGGACUCAUUUGGUACGCAGCCGAUGGUGGUCGUCACUGAUCAGGACCGGACGAUGAAACAAGUUAUCGAGGCUGCGUUCGAUAAGAGUAGGCACAGGUUAUGUAUGUGGCACACAAUGAAGAAAGUUGUCGAUAAGACUGAUUCGAUUGCGCCAGAAACGUUUGAGAGAGAAUUGAAACUGAUAAUGAUUGAAUUCGGUCUAACCGAGAAUAAAUGGAUUGACGAUAUGUUUGGCAUGAGAUCUUCGUGGAUUCCAGCUUUCUAUCGUGAUGAGCCUAUGUCUGGGCUCAUGCGGACCACCUCCAGAUCAGAGAGUGAAAACCAUUUUUUCUUUCAGGUGGCGAAUUCUCAACUUACCCUUGUUGAGUUUUUUAACCAUUUUGAUGCUGGAAUGGAUGUGCAAAGAUUCAACCAUCGAAAAAAUGACCAUAUUUCUAGAAACAUAACCCCAGAUAACUGGUCUGAAACUACCUUGGAGGAAGAUGCUAUGAAAAUUUACACUAGGUCCAUCUUUGCGGAUCAACAGGCAGAGUUAUAUGGAACACUGUCUGAGUGCCUUCCUAUGGAGACUAAAAUCGAAGAACCGUUCUUUAAGAUUAGUAUGAAAGAUUUCAAAGCCCACGGUGACGGUUUGUUUCAAGAAGGGGGAGGAUGUAGUUGCAUCAUGCAGUUGUCGCAGGCAAAUCCCCUCCCCGUUGUUGUUUUUGUGUUCGCCAGACCGGAACUCGAUCAUCACCUCGCUAGUGAAAUCGACUGCUGGCUGCGAUUGGUAAUCCCUCCGUUACAAGGUCGGGGAAUCGAGAGAUUGAUUCUUAAAAAGAUCACAAGGUCUAUUCCUUACAAAUGA